AUGCCCUUAAUGUUGUCCAGGGACCUCGCAAAGUUUGGAGGUUUGCCAAAGACGCUUUUCGCGCAGCACCACGCGUUGCUGGAAAUAGAAGAAAAUAUAUGCGAUGACUGCCACUCGGACGCGACGUCCACCAGGACAUGUCCAGAAAAAGACUCUAGUAUUUCUCGGUUCAAACGCAACUUGUCCACGGCAUUAAAAUGCAUGACGAUCCUUGUCUUUCUGGCGAUAACAUCGUACACUGUAAUCCAUCUGGCCUCGAUAGAGGAACUUGUACGAGGACUCAGGGACGAGCAUCCUAGCCACCCCGUCAACUGCGGCCACACCAAAGAAUCCGCCAAGGCGGCGGGCUGCGUUUACGACAUCAUGAUGGUCGGAUGGGUGGCCCCGGGCUGCAUCGACCCGUACGUCCUGUCAGACGCGCUCUCGCCAAAUUCGUCGCUGGCAGGCGUCAAGGGCGCGGGAACCUUCAACUUCUCCCUCAACUACGACUUCACCGAGCUUAUACCGCAGGACGUCGAAGUCAUCAGCCAGCACGACUGGAUCUUUGCCAACUGGGAGUUCCACAAGGCGCACUGCGCCUACGUCUGGCGUGUUCUCGCCAGCGCGCUCGAGCGCAAGAGCAAGGGGGAGAAGGGUGUCUACAUUUACAGGACGCUUUUGACUUAUGAGCACUCGCUCCACUGCAGCAAGGUGCUUUUGGAUCGGGAGAAGAGCUUGCUGGAGCCUACCAAAAUGCAAGCUGGUGGCACCAACCGUUGUGUUUUGCUUUGA